CACGUCCCCGCGCAUCCCACUUGCGUAUCAAGAGCUUGAUUCUCAUAUUAUCACAACUUCAACCAGCAUCAUGUUUAAGAAAGAUAUCCCCCCAAGCAACCGGUCUAAGGUCAAGUCCUCAGUGCAGCGCGGCCUGCGCCAAAAGCUGCUGGAGACAUACCCAGGCUUUGAGCCAUUCAUUGAAGAUGUCAUGCCCAAGAAGGCCUCAUUGGAAGCCGUGAAACUACCCGACCGCGUGACCCUCUACACAAUAGACGCAACCCCCCUCUUCUUUCAACCCAUUGACGGACCCCCAGUCCCACACCUCCGCCUCAUCCACGCCUACCCCUCCGCCGUCCCGACAAUCCAGAUCGACCGCGGCGCCAUUCGCUUCGUGCUCUCCGGUGCAACGCUCAUGGCUCCCGGUCUCACCUCCCCCGGAGGCCGUCUACCUGAUGCCGAGCAUGCGCUUGAGGCUGGGCAGAUCGUUGGCGUUAAGGCUGAGGGGAAGGAGGAGAUUUGUAUGGUUGGUAUGCUGAAGGUUGGCACUGAGGAGAUUAAGAGUAAAGGGAAGGGAGUUGUUAUUGAUGAAGGCCAUUACCUUGGUGAUGGGCUUUGGAGAAUGCAUUUGGAUUAAGGGGCUUGGGUUUCAAAAGAAGCAAGGGUAAUUCAUUGGGCUGGGGUUGAGGUCUUUUGUGUUGUUUUGGCUUGGAACUAUACCUCUCUGCACGUAUGGUGAUGAUUAUGUGUUGGAUGAUUUGAAAUGAAAUAUCACCCCCUCUGGACGAGGAUUCAGAUUGGUUCAACGGAUGUAUUGAUUGAGUGUAGAUAGCUUCUUGUAUUGAG